UAUCUUGGCCUUAGACGGACACCUAACAUGUCCUUUCAACAUCAUGGAGCAUGGCUGCGUGACCAAGUAAAUCAUCUCCCUAAGUAAGUUUGCCUUAAACCUGGUCAUCGCCACCUUACAAGAUGGACACGGAAACAAACAAAGCAACAGAAAUGAGUUCUACGAUGGACGAUAACACGGAUUCAUUCGAAAAGGUUAAAACAAAAAAGUCCCAAAAGCGAAGACGUGAGAUGGGGGCAAUGGAAAUGGAAUCAGAGGACACGAUAGCAAGGAAAAGACCUCAAUUCCCACCUAUUUCGGGAGAUAAACUAACGGGUGGUACAGAUGAGACGAGGAAGGUUCCUGUACCUGCACAUCGCUAUACACCCUUGAAAGAGAAUUGGUUGAAGAUUUUCACACCAAUUGUUGAAAAUUUACAACUACAAGUCAGAUUCAACCUCAAAACAAGAAAUGUUGAGAUAAAAACAUGUAAAGAAACUCAGGACAUCGGUGCCCUCACGAAGGCAGCAGACUUUGUGAAAGCCUUUAUCUUAGGAUUCCAAGUUGAGGAUGCUCUAGCCCUCAUCAGAUUGGAUGAACUCUUUCUGGAAACCUUUGAUGUCACAGAUGGUAAGUUGUGUCCAGAUGCUGCUGCUGUUUCACUUGGUGGUUGUGUCGACUUCUCGCCCACCUCUCAAUGUUUUAUUCCU